AUGAUUACUAAAUCUGUAUAUGCAGUUCUUUCCUCGGACCAGGAGAGAGACAGACAUGGAAAAGUAAUAGGUUGGAGUAUAGGAGUCGGCUUAAUGCUUAUUCUGAGUGUUAUCGUGUUCUGCUUUUGGAAGGGGAGACAGAAGCAAGCAAAAGCAGCUGCAACACCUAUAGUGAAAAACCAAGUUCUAAUGAACGAGAUGAUGGUAUUACCAAGACGGAGAAACUUGUCUGAAGAGAACGGGGUAGAAGAUUUGGAACUUCCAUUGAUGGAGUUUGAAGCUGUUCUCACAGCCACCGAAAAUUUCUCUGAAUGUAACAAGGUCGGAGAAGGUGGCUUUGGCGCUGUUUACAAGGGAAGGUUACUUGACGGGCAAGAAAUUGCGGUGAAGAGACUAUCAGAAAUGUCAGCUCAAGGUACCAAUGAGUUCAUGAACGAAGUAAGAAUAAUUGCAAGGCUUCAGCACAGGAACCUUGUCCGCAUUCUUGGAUGUUGUGUCGAUGAGGGAGAGAAGAUCUUGAUCUACGAGUACUUGGAGAAUCUAAGCCAAAAAAAAAAAAAAAAAAAAAAAAAAAAGGAGAAUCUAAGCCUCGAUUCACAUCUUUUUGGUUUAACCAGAAGUUGUAUGCUAAAUUGGCAAAUGAGAUUUGAUAUUAUCAAUGGUAUUGCGCGAGGGCUUCUUUAUCUUCACCAGGACUCAUCCAUUCGGAUAAUUCACAGAGAUUUGAAAGCAAGCAACGUCUUGCUUGAUAAAGAUAUGAAUCCGAAAAUUUCUGACUUCGGAAUGGCUAGGAUCUUUGGACAAAAUGAGACGGAAGCUAAUACGAGGAAGGUGGUUGGAACUUACGGCUACAUGUCUCCAGAAUACCUUAUAGAAGGGAGAUUCUCGAUAAAGUCAGAUGUCUACAGUUUUGGGGUCUUGCUUCUUGAAAUUAUAAGUGGGAAGAGGAAUAAAGCGUUCAACAACUCGGGCUGUGACCAUAAUCUUCUCGAUUGUGUGUGGAGGAAUUGGAAAGAAGGUCAAGGUCUAGAGAUUGUAGUAGACACGGCCAACAUAGAUUCUUCUUCAUCACCAACAUUCAGGCCACAUGAAAUUUUAAGGUUCUUACAAAUUGGUCUCUUGUGUGUUCAAGAACGUGCAGAAGAUAGACCACUCAUGUCAAACGUCGUUUUGAUGCUGGGAAGCGAAGCAGAAGAUAUCCCUCAGCCUAAACCGCCAGGUUAUUGCAUCAUUGGUAACCAUUCGACUUGGUGUAAACAGCGAGACCAUGAAUCUUGCACAGUGAACCAGAUCACCAACUCGAUUAUAGACGCUCGUUAAUAUGAUAGCCUUUGAUAUUUAUUCUUAUUAUUUAAGUAUCGAAAGUUUCAUUAAUCCUCUGAUACUUUAACGAUCUAGUAUCGUG